AAGAAGCUGCUGGUACACUGGCCCGGGGUGGUGGGUGGCAGGAGGCCAGGGUGAGCCGCGGCACGGUGAAGAAAGACAUGAGGGGCGCGCCUGCCAGGCAAGGUCUGAACAGCCCGACCCUUCAGCUUCGGUCGAUUUGGCGAAUGGGACAAGUGUUCAGGCAGGCCAUCCAUGGGUAGCCUGCCUGACGUGGCUCUCUCCACGAGUACCGCCGUCCGCCAGUCUGGGCGUCACCAUUCACCUAGAAGCACCAGGAGUACCUACCAGCCUCACCAACCACACCAUGACUCAGGAAUUUAGCUACUUUGCCCCCGGCCCGGCCAAAAUUCCCGAGGAGGUACUCCGUGGGCUGCAGGAGGAGCUGCUGUGCCACAAAGACACCCACGUGAGCGUCCUUGAAGUGUCCCAUCGCUCCAAAGACUUCGGGGACAUCAUCCAGGCCGCGGAGAAGACUGUUAGGGAGCUUCUGAAUGUCCCCUCCAACUACCGGGUGGUGUUCAUGCAGGGCGGAGGGACGGGCCAGUUCGCCGCGGUGCCCCUUAAUCUCAUGGCCAGGACAGGCAAGGCGGACUACAUCGUGACGGGAUCAUGGUCAGCCAAGGCAGCCAAGGAAGCGGCAAAGUACGGCCAGGUGAGCGAGGUGGUGCCCCGUAGCGAGCGGUACACAGGAGUGCCACCAGCCUCCACCUGGACCCUCGACCCCCAGGCCUCCUAUGUCUACUACUGCGCCAACGAGACUGUCGAAGGAGUGGAGUUCCAGAGCGUUCCCGAAGUGCCUGAGGGAGUGCCUCUGGUGUGUGACAUGUCCUCCAACUUCUUCACGCGACCUGUUGACGUGUCCAAGUUCGGUGUGAUUUACGGCGGGGCGCAGAAGAACAUCGGAUGUGCAGGAGUGACGCUGGUGAUCAUCAGGGAAGACCUUCUGGGCAGCCCACUUCCCAUCUGUCCCAUCGUCUUCGAUUACGCUGUCAUGGACAAAAACAAAUCACUUUACAACACGCCACCAACUUUUGCCAUCCACGUGAUGGGGGAGGUGCUGGGGUGGGUGAGGAAGGAGGGCGGCGUGCAGGAGAUGGAGAGGAGGUGCCUGGAGAAGAGCAGCAUGAUCUAUUCCAUCGUGGACUCCUCCGGCGGCUUCUACAGCACCGUUGUGGAGCCAGGGAGCAGGUCUCGCGUCAACGUAGUGUUUAGGGUGGGAGGCAAGGGAGGCGACGAGCAGGUAGAAAAGACCUUCCUGGAUGAGGCUGGAAAACUAGGGCUGCUCUCCCUCAAAGGACACAGGUCCGUGGGCGGCGUGCGGGCGUCUCUGUACAACGCCCUCAGUGUGAAGGACGCCAGGAGACUCGCAGACUUCAUGGUGAGCUUCAAGGAGCAGCACGGAGCCUAGAGGGAGGGAAGGACUGGAAGGGAAGGCGUCACUCUGGAAAGGAAGGUGUCACUCUGGAAGGCUUGGAAGAGAAGGGAUCAUUUUGCUACUGUUCCCUCUCAUGGUUGUGUGUCGCUAUUUCUUGUCUUUUUUUUUUUUCAUUAUUAUUGAGCGUAUCGCUGGUGUUUGGAAGGAAGGUAUGUGUAUAUAUUUAGCUUUCAUUGUUACUCUUACUUAUUCCAUGGCUCUCUUUUUCUCUCUCUCUUUACUAUUAAUUAAAUUGUCCGUGCCAUAUUGCUA